UCGCUUGGUAUACGUAUAUAUAUAUACACACGUACACGUGCUGCGCUGUCGGCCGGACGAAGGGAACAUUAAUGAUCAUGAUUGAUACUAAUUGUAUCUUGAUUUGAGCUAACUGAUUAAGAAUCUUCGAGGGUCAAAAGAGCCAAGUCUAGAUUUACCAUAUUCUGAGGAGAACUUAAAGAUGCAAUCUCUUCUGUCCAGCUGUGGCUCCAUCUUGCUGCUAGGUGAGGCAAACUUCUCAUUCUCACUCUCGCUGAGGAAGAUGCUGCCUUCUGAUAUCUCCAUGGUUACAACUUGCUUCCAGACGGGGGAUGUCAUCAAGUCCAGCGGUGAUGGGGACAUUCAGAAGAACAUAGCUAAUUUGCAAUCAUUAGGAGCUUGUGUUGUCUUUGGGAUCGAUGCCACCAAGCUUGACCAGUACACUUCUCUAGAAGGAGCCCCGUAUGAUGCAAUUAUCUUCAACUUUCCCCAUGUUGGCGGCAAAGGGAAUAUUGGGAGAAACAGGGACCUACUCAAGCAAUUCUUUGAAUGCUGCUCACAGAGACUGUCACCCUCUGGCCAAGUCUUCCUCACCCUCUGCAACGGCCAGGGAGGAACAUCCGCCGACCAACCACAGAGGAUAUGGGGCAAUUCUUGGCAGGUGGUUGCCAUGGCAGCCUACGGGGCGUUCAUCUUGACCAGGACGAUGCCCUUUUGUGCCAAGGAUUAUGAGGAUUAUUACUGCACAGGCUACAGGAGUCAGUCCAAGGGCUUUUUGACACAGAAUUCAAUCACCCACAUCUUUGAGAGGAGCACGGAACACAUCCACAACCAGCCCUGUCAGACACCUACAGAACUAGCCAUCCAGACGGACCAAGGGGUGGUUACUUUCGACUGUCCAGUCGAUCUCCAUCGAGUGAUAGACAGAGAUCUAUUGUCAGAAGCUCAUCACCCUGUGUCACUUGUCUCGAGAGAUUUACGUGGACAGAUCGAUGAAUCGUUCAAAAACAUUAGAUAUUGUCAAGAUAAAGAGCUCCCUCUUGUGUUGGAUUUAGAAGAUGCAAUCACUACUGGCCAUUGCUCCCCUUCUGAACUAUACAAUCUCAAAAGGACCCCACAUAUUCUACAGCAUAACGGGAGCCACAGCUAUCAGAGCAAUGCUGUACCACAAGGUGCUGUUCUUGGAACCGUAGAGUCACAUGGAGAAUUAGGGGUUGUAGAUGAUAGGAAUGACAAGGAAUCAUUGAAGCAGGAGGGGGUCAUCAUCUCAGAGGAAAAUUCAAGGACCGGGAAUAUUGGAACAGACCAAUCAAAUUCUCAUCAGAGUGUCAACAAUAUACCUCAUGAUGCACCCCUUGCCAAAGUCCCAAGGUAUCGAUGUGCAUCAGACCAUACCAAGAAGAACUUUCUUCUAAGGCCCACACUUCUUACUCACAUCCCUUGUAGUCUUGGAGAUACAGUUUCUCAGGGUGUCUGCAUCUGUGGCAGAGUCUUCCGUCGCUGCGGCAUACUCCCAAACCUUUAUCCAAUUCUUCACCAAAGCCUGAUAGUGGUCCCAACAGAUCAAGGAGAUUCAGGAAAAUUGUCUGAGACAUUUAAAGAUAAGGUUUUAAGGGUAUCGGCUAACCUGCUAAGAGAAAAUGGAUCUGUUUCAAUUAAUGAAUGUCUUGGGGAUCAGGAUGGUUCCAGUAGCAAACAUGGGUCCCUUUUGUUCAAAGUGGAAGGAUCGAAUGAGGCCUCGGACUCCACGCUCACCGUCGGUCAGUGUGGGAUCUUCCAAUCGGGAGGACGGAGUUUCAGCUAUUGCACUUUUAACAUCGACACCAUUGCAAUGGUGAAAUACAAUGUGAAAGAUAUACGUUUAUUUUGGUCAGCAGAUGACCGGAUAUUUGCCAAGUUUGCAGAAUCGGUUGAAAGAUGUUCAGAAUCUGAUCAGAUACCACCGCCUUCCCUGGAAGGGUAUAGCCUUCACCCCCCGGCGUACACUCACGAUAUUAGCUUUUGGCUCACUGACGACACCUACGAUGAAUUUCACUUCUAUUCAUUGAUUCGGGCCGUGACCUGUGACCUUGUACGAGAAGUUCAUUUCCUCCACAAGUAUGUCAAUCAGAAGAUAAGCUACAACUAUAGACUUGUCUACCAGUCCUGCGACAGGGCGCUUGCGAGGCAGGAAGCAACACAGCUCCAGUUGGAUGUGAGAAAAGCACUUGAUGAGAGUCCAGGACUAGGGGUAAAUCCUAAAUAAAUAAGUUGUGCUGGAUUUUACAUAAAUUAUUAAGACAUCUUCCACAUCAGACAUCCACAAACCUUUAUUAUAAUACUUUUUGAUACUAUAUUUUGAUUUACCUGUGUCAUUAUCAUGACCUUUCUGGUAGUAGAAAAUGUGAACUGAUAAACUUAUACAACUUUGUGUCCCAUCUUAGAAAGAUAGUUGAGCCGUAUGUAGUUAAAUCUGAUUAAUGGGAAGCUAUCACCGCGAUUGUCUGGAAUGCAUAUUGCUAUUCAAAGUGUGUGACAAAUAUGAGGAACAAUGCCAUAUGCAUUCCAAGUUCAGUGUUGACCUUAUAGUAUUGAUGUUAACUCAAUUUGUUACCUGGAGCACAUCACCAAAGUUACGAUGGAGCAGGUCACUACAUGUAGGUGUUGAGUCAUAAUUCGAUGUUGUUCAGAUCAUCUUUUU